AUGGGGGAAGACUCACCCUACCCAGAAGUCAGAGCGGCAGUCUCGAAUCUGGAUGAUCCAACUAUGCCCGCCAAUACAUUCAGAAUGUGGAUCUUGGGGCUUCUCUUCACAAUUAUAAUAGCUGGCCUUAACCAGUUCUUUAGCCUGAGAUAUCCGUCAGUCACAAUCACCGCUUUGAUUGCCCAGCUUCUGGCACUGCCUUGCGGCAAAGUCAUGGAACUUGUUCUCCCAACGACAGAAUUUAAAAUACUUGGUUGCAAGUUCUCCCUCAACCCCGGCCCAUUCAACAUCAAGGAACAUGUGCUGAUUACGGUUAUGGCGAAUGUGGUAUGGGGCCGUGCGUACGCUACAGAAGUCGUUGCUGCCCAAUGGAAAAUAUAUGGCCAAAGUUGGGGAUUUGGUUAUCAGAUGCUAUUAGUACUUUCCACUCAAUUGCUUGGAUUCUCCUUUGGGGGUUUACUGCGGCGGUUCCUAGUCUGGCCAGCUUCGAUGAUUUGGCCUCAGACGCUCGUUUACGCGGCAUUGUUCAAUACCUUACAUUCCACGUAUGGAGGUUUUGAUGACGGGCGACUAUCUCGAGAACGGUUUUUCAGCUACGUCUUAGUUGCCUCGUUCCUAUGGUAUUGGGUGCCCGGAUAUCUCUUCACUGCCCUAAGUACCUUUAAUUUCAUCUGCUGGGCUGCCCCGAAUAACGUCGUCGUCAAUCAGCUUUUUGGAUACACCUCGGGUCUCGGAAUCAACAUUAUCACUUUUGACUGGAGCAUGAUUGCCUAUAUCGGUAGUCCCUUGGUCACGCCCUGGUGGGCUGAAGUGAAUGUAUUCGCCUCGCUUCUCGUUAUCUUUUGGAUCCUGUGCCCCGUCUUGUAUUAUUCUAACGUGUUUUAUGGGGCGUACCUCCCAAUAUCAGGUAAUGACGCUUUUGACAAGUUCGCCCAUAUUUAUAAUUCAACCAUAAUCAUGUCACCGAGUGGGACCUUCAAUCGUACAGCGUACGAUCACUACUCUCCCAUCUACAUCCCCAUGACAUUCGCUCUCUCUUAUGGCAUGUCUUUCGCUGCACUAACGGCCACUCUUGUGCACACUUGGCUAUGGCAUCGGGAAGAGAUUAUGCAGCAGUUCCAGAGCUCACUCGACAAAGAGCCCGACGUGCACGCAAGAUUAAUGCUUGCGUAUCCGGAAGUGCCUCAAUGGUACUACUUGACCAUCGGUGCAGUCUCGUUCGCCCUUGGUGUUGUGGCAAUCACCGUGUGGGAUACGCAGUUACCUAUCUGGGCGUUCAUUGUUGCCAUCUUUGUUGCGUUGUUCUAUGCAGUGCCGAUAGGGAUGGUAGAAGCAAUUACAAAUGUGCAGGUUGGGCUGAACGUCUUCACUGAAUUGAUUAUCGGCUAUGCAUUACCAGGGAAGCCUGUCGCUAUGAUGAUUUUCAAAACGUUCGGCUACAUCACGAUGACUCAAGCUCUGUCCUUCACAUCUGACCUUAAACUCGGUCAUUACAUGAAGAUACCACCGCGUCUGAUGUUCACAGUACAAACGAUUGCGACGAUCGUUGCCGCGUUUGUUUCAGUCUUAGUACAAGAUUGGUGCCUCGCCAACAUUGCGGAUAUCUGCGAUCCACAGCAAUCAGACAAAUUCACAUGCCCCCACAUUAAAGUAUUUGGUGUUGCUUCACUCAUAUUCGGGAGUGUUGGCCCGCAGCGAACCUUCAGCCACGGCGCAAUAUAUUAUCCAUUGUUAUACUUCUUUGUAAUUGGUGCCUUCAUUCCAAUACUUUUCUACUACCUCUCGUGGAAAUAUCCGGAAUCGUGGUACAAGUACUUCAAUGCGCCUGUAUUCUUCACGGGCACGGGAGCAAUGCCACCUGCUUCAGGAAUCAAUUUCUCAUCAUGGGCCUUGGUUGGCUUUAUUUUCCAAUACUGGAUCCGGCGACGGCACUUCCGAUGGUGGAGUUCAUAUAACUACAUCUUAAGUGCCGCGCUAGAUUCUGGUGUUGCAAUAGGGGUCGUCGUUAUCUUUUUCUCAUUAUCCCUCGCUAAAGGCGGGUUAACAUUGAAUUGGGUAGGAAAUACAAUAAAUGAUAACACUGCGGAUGCCAGAGGGGCACCGUUUAAAACACUCUCCCCUGGACGGUCUUUUGGACCAUAG